AUGUCCAAUUCUCCAUCCCAGCCCCAUCGGGUUGGUGGGAGUGACUCAGGACUGGACUCCACUGCCCUUCAUGGUCUGUUCAAAACCACACCCAUAUACUUGGAAAUUGGAAGGAGUCUUGAUGGAGUACCUGAUGAUCAUCCCCAAUCCCAUCAUAAGACUGUGACCAACAAGGUGCAGCACCACAAACCUGUUCCUGACAUCACUGGAGAACAGAGACAGAUUCUUAUAUCUGAUCAAAGGAGAAGAUCUAGCUUCAAGUCUGAAUGCAAUGAGAAUGCUGGCUAUGUGGAGCACACAUUCAGAGAAGAUGAGUAUAGGAUGCAGAUAUACACAGGGAGCAACAUUCAGAUGCCAGGAGAACCUUCUCAUGCUACAGUAACAAUUGAAUCGCAACAGCCAGGAAGCCAGGAGAAGGAAGUAAAGAAAUUUCAUUGUGGUUUUGAGGGAUGUCAUAAAACAUACUCCACUGCAGGUAAUCUCAAAACUCAUCAAAAGUCACACAGAGGGGAAUAUGUGUUCCGAUGCUUAGAGUCAGGAUGUGGGAAGGCCUUUAUCACCAAAUAUGCCUUGAGGAUACAUAUCAGAGUUCAUACUAAACAAAAGCCAUUUGAAUGCUCUGUUACUGGGUGUGAGAAGGCUUUUAACACAUUGUACAGGUUGAAAUCACAUCAACGUCUUCAUUUUGGCACGACAUUCAAUUGUGAAGAGAGUGGAUGCUUCAAGAUCUUCACAACACUCAGUGAUCUGAAGAAGCAUUCCAGGGUCCAUACAGGAGAGAGACCAUUCAAAUGCAAGGAGAGGGGCUGUGGGAAAGCAUUCUCUGUGAGCCAUCACCUAAAAGUACACCGUCGGAUCCACACAGGAGAGAGACCUUAUCCGUGUGAUGAGAGGAAAUGUGGGAAGAAUUUUUCCACCAAGUACAGCCUUAAGCGUCACCUGCUAAAGGGACAUCACUCUGCUUAUCCUUCUGAGUCCCGUAGCCCUGAGUCCAUCCUGCCUGAUAAUGGAAAUUCAGCCUUAGUGGAAAUUCAACCUUUGAACUCAUCAUCCUGUUUCUCUGGUGAGCAGAACUCAUUUAAGAACAUUGACUCAAAAUGCAGAUGCCAGUCAAAGACAUCUUGUUGCUGUGGCUGCAAGAACAGCAGCUCUGACAGCAGGACCAGCAACCAUGUUCUUGUGCUCCUAGCUGCAAAAUCAGGGAUUUGUGUGUGCAAUCCGUGUUACUGUGACCCAACCCGCAAUGAAUGCGGUGUGUCAUGCAACCCCAUUGUGGAAUCAGAUCAGGACCAAUCUAAUGCAGAUACUGAUGAGGAGAAGAUAGUGACAGAGGAAGCAAUUUUUAAAAGGAAAGACAUUACUGGUUCUUGUCAACAACCUGCAAGGCUCACCAUAGCCACCCAAGAGGAGCAGGUGCUAUAUUCAGAAACAGUAGAAGAUCAUCAAGUGCUGCUGGCCCCAAGUACUGCUGCUCCAAGCUCAUCAAUCCAAGAGCCAAAUGGAUUUCCUGUCAGUUCUCAUACAGUUCCAUUAAGCUUGAUGAAACAGAGUCCCAUCUCAUAUGAAUUCCCACCUCCCAAAGUGGAACCAAGGUCCUUGUCAAUCUUUGAAGAGGAGUUGCCAUCUGCUCCAUCAUUUGGUCGCCUCCAUCGAUGCCUCUCACCAAAGACUGCAGAUAGUUCUGGAACUUGGAGCCCCCUGCACACACCUCAGCCCCCUUCACAGGCACCAAUAAUUGAGCCAGUCCCUAACUCCUGGCCCUCUGAUGUCAUUCGGCUGGGCUUUGAGAUCCUCAACCAAGAGGAUAAUGCAACACUUAUCUGA